AUGCAUCUAUAUGUUCGUAGUAUGGUUUCUCCUGUUUACCAGUUGCUCAGAAUCUACGAAGAAGAGGGUUACUUAAGUAUUCAACCGUGGCUACGGGUCACCUUGCUCACAAUUGACGACAGGGAUUUCAACCCAAACAUCAACAUCGAAUUUCGGAAUCAGGCAGCCGCACAGACCGAUUGCUUGCUCCAGUAUAAGGAAACCGCUUCAUACAUCGCGUUCAUGGAUCUUGACGACGUACUGAUUCCAAGAAUGGCAAGAAAUUAUCUGGACGAGUUUGCUCAUCUUUUCCAUUCAAUGCCAAAUGUUGCAUUCCUCGUGUUUCCUAUGGGGCUUCAGUUCCAUAUAUUCUGUCCGUUUUCAGCAAGGAAUUCGGGCAGCUUUUCACUGAGGGCGAUGCUCUCAACUAUUCAUUUUGAACAUGUCAGUGAAACUGGGAAAAUGGUUGCCGAUCCAUUGCAAGUGAAUCACACUUGGAUACAUUAUCCUAAGAAAAUCGCACGUGGAAAGGAUAGGUAUACUGUUCCAAAUCAUCUAAAUGCCAUCACUCAUCUUAAACAUAUGCAUUUGGUGGGUGGUGCUUAUACUUAUUUCAAGCCCGGUCCACCUUACUCAGGAACAGUUUACAUAAAGAAAUCUAGGAUUUCAGGUUACCAACCAGAUCAAAGGAAUAUCAAAUUCAGCAAACCGCCAGCAUUCAAACCUAAUACUCCAAGUCAGGUAACUGACGAACCGCUUCUUUCACUGCAAGAUAUCGACGAGAUUCAACUCGAUUUUGAAAGGAUGUCCAGAAAACCGGAAGUUGCAAAAAUCUUCCCAUCGCUGCCAAGAAUAUUUGUCUACCGCGAAGUGAUCGAUCAGUGUUUUGAGGACACCUAUUACAAAUACCACUAUUCAGGAAAUAUUGGACAGAUGAAAUGUCCUGGACCAGAUCGUUGUCUGGUAAGUACUGCUAACGGAUGA